UAAGCAGUGGAAGUGACAGUGACAGUCAGUUAGAGCGAUGGCGUGGAUUCAGCUUCUCCUCUUCUCUUGUCUCUCCUUGACUCCUCUCACUACACUGUCUCACACUGGGUUCGAUGAUGAAGAUCAGUUUCUACAGACAUUGAACACACCUGUUCCCAGUGUGAUUACUGGGAACCCGCAGGGGUCCGUGAUUCGAUCUGAAAUCUUAACCACAGUAUUUGUGGAUGAUAUAGAUGUUGAUGUUGUUGAUGAUGAUGAAGAUGAUGAUGAUGAUGGGAUUAUCUGUAAGGGCAUUGAUGAGGAACUGAACAGCUGCAAUAUGAAACUGACUGAGAAAACGGAUUACAGCUUUAACAUCGAGAAAGAUCUGUUUGCUCUGAAGGACCAGCUGAGGAUGAUCAAGCUGUCAUGUAUAAACGCUUCUCAGGCGUCCUCAGUGCAGGUCGCAGCUCUGCAGAACCAGCUGGACAACAUGCUAAAGCAGCUUGGGGAAAAAGCCUUGGGACCUGCUGGAGCCGUGUUAAACAUCCUGCAGGAGUAUGUGAAAGCUCAGAAGCUCGAGUUGGACCUUUUAGUGGAGACGGAUCCAAAAAAGAUUGCAGAGAUGCAGGAACAACUGAAAAAGUCAAGAGCUGAUCUGGAGGCACUGGGUGGAAACCUCAACCAGCUAGAGUGCCAAACAGCGAACAACAGCCAACAAUUUGAGGAGGAGCUGAGUAAGGAAUCAGAAAGGAUUUCAGAAUUGCUCGGCCGCAAUAAGUAUUUGGAGGAGAAGAUUUCUGACACACAGGCAGAAUGCAGCGACCUUCAGGAAAAUUACAACGAAUUAGUGGACAAGUUGGAAUUGACUGGAACUGAUUCAACCAUGAAGUCGAUUCUGGACAUUGUGUCUCUGGACAUUGGCAUCAACAACCUCGAGGACAGAAUCCGAUCCGAGACGUCCGAGUCCAAGAGAACCGAACUGGAGAAAGAGCUGAGAGAGAAGAAGGAACAACUCGAGUCGAAGAAGAAGGAACUGCAGACCAGUGACGAUCUGAACACCAGAAUAAUUCUGACCAUACUCUCCAAGUUGGAGGAGAUGAGGAAGCUUCAGAGUCAGAUCCUGGAUGGAGACAGUUUGGACCAAAUCAAAGAGAAGAAAGAGGAAGUGCUCAGAUUGCUCUCUGAACUGGACGACUCGAACCUGGCCAAAACCGUGCUGAAGAACUUGGUCUUGCUGUCGGAUGAGACUCACCUAAAGAAACUCAUAUCAAACAUCAAACAGAAGGCGGACAAACAGAUAGCAGAACUGCAGGAGGAAGUGAGGAAGAAGGAGGAGGAGCUGAAGAGGAAAACCACAGAACUGGGAAAGAAGGACAGUGACGUAGCCACACUGACUAAAGAGGUCAGGGAUUUGAGGGAGGAACUGAAGAACCUUACCAAACAAGUGAGAGACGUGGAGAACGCUUCGGCAUCACGGCUCGGAGAACUGGAGAAGCAGCUGAAGGAGACGAGGCAGGAGCUGGAGGAAGGGAACAAGGCUCUGCAGGAGAAGGAUGCAGACUUAGCAAAGAAAGUGAUAAAGAUCACGGAGCUCCUUGAGGAACUGAGACAGACUAAAGAGGAAGCCAACAGGAGAAACCAGGAGGCUGCAAACAGGAUCACAGAUCUGGAGGGAAAGCUGAAGAAGGAAGAGGGGGAAAAUAAAAAUUUGCGGGAUGCACUGAAGGAGGCCACAGAGUGCGCUGACCUCAAGAAAUCUUACAACCGACUGAAGGCUGAUUUUGAUAAAACAGUUUCUAAGCUGAAUGAUACACUGAUUAAUCAAGUGUUUACAAUCGAAGCUCUCAAGCAGGACAUAAAGAAACUGGAGGAUGAAGUCAGUUCAGCAGAAGGAAAUGUUGAAGAGCUGAAUCAGAGACUGCAGGAGAAGAAAGCGGAGCUCGAGGAGGCCAAGAAUAAGAUAAAGAAGCAUAGAGGAGAAUCUCUCAAAUUUCUGAAAUUACUCGAGGAGCUGAGGAAGGUGAACAGGAAGCAGGAGGAACACAUCCAGGAGUAUUUAGUUGAGAUUAACCGACUGGAGAAGGACAUGGAGGAGAUGUUGGCUCGACUCUCAGCCACCGGAAACGAGAAAUCUAAACUGGCCAUCCAGGUGAUCUUUCUAAAGGAGGAGGUGUCCCAGUUAACUAAAGGGCUUGCAGGACUUAGAAAGGAGCACCAGGAGAAGACUGCAGGUUUGGAGGAGGAGAUAGAAGAGAAGAAUAAAGAGAUUGCGUACCUAAAGAGAAGCGGCUGUGUUUAUCAGAUAUCUGAUCUGCAGCAGGAGCUGAGGGUGAAACAGCAGGAACUGGAACAGCUGAAGAGAGAGAAUUCUGCACAGAUCAGGGAGCUGCAGAAGAAGCUAACCGAGAAGACCCGCAAACUGGAGGAGACUGCCGUGGAGCUGAAGGACCGCGACUCGGAAAACGCUAAUCUGAUCAACCAAUUAACGGAUCUGAAUGAACAGUUGAACAAAGCAUUGGAAGACAGAAAGGAAGGCAGUGAGACCGCACAGAAACGGAUCUCCGAACUUAAAGAGCAGCUGAAGAAAAAGGAGCAGGAGCUUUCACACCUGAGUGACAGUAACGCAGAAUGUGAAGAGCAGCUGAAGCAGAAGCAGAAGCAAGUUUCAGACCUGAAUAACGAGAACGCUGAACUUGAAGAACAGCUGAAGAAAAAGGGGAAGGAACUUUCUAAGCUGGAGAACAAUAACGCAGAGCUUGAAGAACAGCUGAAGAAAAAGGAAAAGGAACUUUCUAACCUGAAGAACAACAACGCAGAUCUUGAAGAGCAGCUGAAGCAAAAGGACAAGGAACUUUCCGACCUGAAGAACAAUAACGCAGGUGUGAAUGAUGAGAGAGAGCGUCUGCAAAAAGAAGUCAAGAGACUGAAAGAGCAAGUAAAGGCAGCAGAGCAACUUGAAGAGCAGCUGAAGCAAAAGGAGAGGGAACUUUCAAAGCUGAAGAACAGUAACGCAGAACUUGAAGAACAGCUGAAGCAAAAGGAGAAGGAACUUUCCAACCUGAAGAACAAUAACGCAGAUGUGAUUAAUGAGAACGAGCGUCUGAGAGGAGAUGUGAAGAGACUGAACAACCGAGUGAAAGUCCUAGAGAACAGUGAAGAGCAGCUGAAGCAAAAGGAGAAGGAAAUUUCAGACCUAAAGAAAAAUAACGCAAAGGUUAUCGAUGAGAACAAGCGUCUGCAAGUAGAUGUGAUGAAACUGAAAGAGCGAGUAAAGGAGCUGGAGGGUCCAGUUACAGUGAAACCGCCCACCGUCACCAUCAUGUCUCUGGAGUUUGAUCCCCAGACCGCUCACAGAAGACUCCUGAUCUCAGCUGAUGAACGGUCGGUGCGUGGUGUUCAGUACACCAUCGCCCGAUAUGAUAGCCCAAGGCGCUAUGACACAGCGAUUGCAGCCCUUACAAAAACGGGCUUCAAUUCUGGGAGGCCAUACUGGGAAGUACAGGUGAAAGACCGUUCAUGCUUCGUGGUGGGCGUAGCGGCUGAAUCGGCGCCCCGGAAAGGAGAGAUCAGAUACAGGCCCAGUAAUGGCUACUGGACCAUACAGAAGGAAAACGGACAGCACUAUAUGCUAGCAGAGCAUCCCGUCCGGCUCCGCCUUUCAGACAAACUCAACAUCAUUGGGAUCCUCAUUGACUUCUCCAGUGGGGAGGUGGUCUUCUACAACGCCCAAACCAGAGCAGUGCUCUACACAUUCAGCAGGAACAAAUUUACACAGAAGCUGUACCCGUACGUGGCCACCUGUGGCAGUGAGGGUCCAGAGGACUGGCCCAUAGAGCUGCUGGAUACCGCCUUGGUACCGUGGCUCAAUUAAUAAUAAACACACACACCACUAUAUACGUCUUUAAACACGAUUACACACUUGUAACAUUUGCAUUAUUUCCUAAAAUUAAAAAAAAAAAAGUUUUGCUUUCAA